AAUGAAUUGCUUCGUUUCAAAGUCUAAAGUCUGUAUUUUCAAUUAUUUUAUUUAUUAAUUUGGCAAAACUCUCGUCGAUCUCGUUCUCUUGUUCCCUCACACGCGAGCAGCAGAAAUCCUCGCUCAAAGUCGCAGGGAGUCUUUCACAGGCUGAAAAGCGCAAGAAAAAUGGCGGAAGAAAAGGAAUCGACUUCCAUUCCUCUCAGUCAAGCUGAGAAUGGCGGUGAGGAUCCUCCCAAGUCUCCCCCUAGCUCCCCUAACUCCUCCACUCGCAAGGCUUGCUGUUUUGUUCUUCAGAGUUGGGUCUCAAAGAAGUUUAUGACUGGAUGUGUAGUUCUUUUCCCAGUUGCAGUUACAUUUUUCAUUACUUGGUGGUUUAUUCAAUUUGUUGAUGGUUUCUUCAGUCCACUAUAUGCCCAGCUUGGCAUUGACAUAUUCGGACUCGGGUUUAUUACAUCUUUACUUUUUGUAUUCUUUGUUGGUGUUUUUGUUUCGUCCUGGAUUGGUGGCACUCUUUUCUCACUUGGAGAGUGGUUCAUAAAGCGAAUGCCUUUCAUUAGACAUAUAUACUCAGCCUCCAAACAAAUUAGUGCUGCAAUUUCUCCAGAUCAAAAUACAACAGCUUUUAAGGAGGUAGCAAUUAUCCGUCACCCACGUGUUGGGGAAUAUGCCUUUGGUUUUAUCACAUCAAGUGUCACCCUUCAGAGAGAUAACGAAGACGAAGAGUUAUGUAGUGUUUUUGUUCCAACAAACCAUCUAUACAUUGGUGAUAUUUUUCUAGUCAACACCAAAGAGAUCAUAAGACCAAAUCUUUCUAUCCGAGAAGGCAUAGAGAUCAUUGUUUCUGGGGGUAUGACAAUGCCACAAACAAUUUCGCCUUUGGAAAGGGUUGCUCGACCGAAUGAGAGAAUCCCCCUGAACAGAAUGGCCUAAUGGCAUCGAAGAAGAGGCAUGCCUGGUAACAUUGUAAUUACUUUCACAUCCCGAAACUAUUUGUGAGCAUAAAAAAGCAUUGCUUGAUGACAGGAAUGAUGACAUUACCCGGGUUAUAUAGCAGCAGGCUUCAGGAUAAAUCCUUUAUCAUGCACGCUUUGUUUUGUAUUUCUUUUAGGUCAGAGUUUAUAUGUUGUAGCAAAAAGUCAUACUAGGUGUCUGGAGGGAAUGUGUAUGUCUGUACCAUGAUCAUAUUGUCUGUUCUAUUAUGUCUUUGUUCCCCAAGAGAGUGGAAAACCCGACAACAUAUAACGUGUUGCAUUUUACAUUUUUUAAGUAAUAGUGAUGUGUUUCCAACUCCUUGGAACUUAACUGGGACAGUCUAGAUAAUCACAAAUAAAGCUGCUGGUCCCUCUAGUAUCUUCGUAUUCUGUUCUGUUUACAGAAAGAGAAGCCUGCCUGAUUGCAGAAAACUGGAACAGAACUUGAAUCGAAUUUGGUAUCUGGAGCCUGGAGAGAGAGAUUGAAGCUGUGGAACAGGAACAUUUAAGCUAGCAAGGUGUGCAAGUCAUAAUUAUUAGCAGCAUUAACCAAAUUUAUUAAAAUCCUGUAGAGGAUAUCGAUUUAGCGUGUAUGGUUUUAAUAAAACAAGGAACAUAAAGAACAAUAGCAAUGUUAAUUCUACGACAUCGACAAAUGCAAUCAUGGUUUUGCCAAA